AUGAUGCCCACAGCUCUCACGCCCAUGGCGACACCUCUCCUUGACGAGACGUCCGUCUCCAACGUCCUCCGCAGCCCGCCUGCCCCCCACGCCUACCAAUUCUUCGCCUUUGCCCCCGGUCACCUCCUCCCUGAAUAUCGCAUCGAUCGCCUCAAAUCCGGGCCCUGCGCCCGCGCCCGCGCCCGCGCCUGCAUCUUCGCCCUCUAA